AUGAAGAGAAAACGAGAACAGAUGACUUUGUGGAAAGCUGCGUUUGUCAACGGGCAGGAAACGUUCAAGUCCUGGAUUGACAAGGUGCGAAUGCUUGAAUUGAACUGUGACGUCUCUUCUGCAAGCUCGACACAUUACUCUGAUCUGAACGUGAAAACAAAAUGUGCUAAGAUGGAAGACAAAUUUAUGUGUACUUAUUCUGUCGGCAUUCGACCUACGUCAAAGCAGAAGCGAACGUUGAAUCAGAUGCUCAAAGUGAGCAACUACGCUUAUAACUGGUGUAAUUACCUAGUGAAGGUGAAAGACUUCAAACCUAAGCAGUUCGACUUACAAAGAGUGGUUACAAAAACAAAUUCAACAGACGUUCCGGCCGAGUACAGACUUCCAGGAGACAAUUGGUUUUUCGACAACAAGAUGUCGAAUAUCAAGUUGACCGCCUGUAAGAACUUUUGCACCAUGUACAAAUCUGCACAGACCAACCAAAAGAAAUCAAAGGUCGAUCUCAGAAACAAAGACAUUGCUCAGUUACGCGAAGGAUCGUUCGAAGUUCAAAGCAAGUACGUCAGACUGCUUUCUGAAAGAGACAUACCGGAGGAACGAAUUCGGCAAUCGAGAAUAGCUUUGAUGUCAGACAAUUUUUCAAAAUCUAAGAAGGACAGGAAAGAAAGGUUUCUCAGGCUUUCGAAAAAUGUAUCUAAGAUACCACCUCUGAGUCACGACAUGAAGGUAUGCAAACGCCCGAACGGAAAAUUCGUACUGCAGAUUCCUUGUGAUCCAAUAUGUACGCGACAGAUACAAGUGCACACCUCGGACUCGAUAUGUUCUAUCGAUCCGGGAGGUAGGACGUUCGCGACGUGUUACGACCCUAGCAACUUGACCGCGUUUCAGACCGGACCGGAGACAGACAAGAAACAGGUCAUUCACAAGUAUCACGAAAAGAUCGAUCGAGUUCACCAUCUCCUGUCGUGUGCUCAAAGGAAAAAGCAGACGCAAGCCGUGCAAGACAGAAUCGGACAACUGAAGAAGCUGCACCUGAAAUUGAAAACGUACGUCGACGACGUGCACUUGAAACUGUGCUCGUACCUGGUCAAGAAUUACAAACUGGUCGUUCUUGGCAAGAUAUCGGUUUCGUCCAUCGUGAGAAAAGACAGACCGAACCAUCUUGCCAAAAGCGCUAACAGGGACUUGCUCUGUUGGCAACAUUUCAGAUUCAGACAGAGACUGUUACACAGAGUCCGUGGCACGGACUGCGAAGCGAUCGCUCAAGACGAACGUUACACUUCCAAGACCUGUGGUAAUUGCGGUGUGAAGAACAACAAACUCGGUGGAAAGGAAACGUUUUAUUGUGAAAGUUGCAAUUACAAAACUCAUCGAGACGUCAACGGAGCGAGAAACAUUCUGUGCAAAUACUUGGGACUUUUUCCAUUCGCAGCAUAA